UUCCUCCACCCUGCCUGGCCAAAAAUUGCAAGAAUGCGGGGUGACUCUUUCUCAUCUUUGCAUGACCGGGCAGCCCUUCAGCUCGGGCUGUGGAAGCUGUGACACAUCGGCGGAGAUACAGUGGCACACUUCACCAAAACUUCCCGGAGUGACGCGCACUGGCCGCCGCUCCUCCCCGUUAACAGCGAGAAGAGAAAGUUCCUUCUUCUGACUUUUAAUUCUCCUGAUGUAGCGACAGUUUGACGGAGAGAGUUUUUUCAAGCGAUACAGGCAGUUUGGACAUGAAAGCCCUAAACUUCUAGAAAAGUUUCUUGAAAGUUUUUCCCCCCAAAGCUGCGGCAUCAUGAAGCCACUGCUGCGCUCAUCCAGCGACUUUCUUUGGAUUCUGUUUUUCUUCUGCGCUCUCCCCAAGGUCUCUACAGAAGAAUGUGGAAAAUGUGACAGCAAUAUCACCGAAUACUUAACGACAACAACAACCACAGUCACGAUCGGAUCCAAUUCAAGCUGCAACAUCUCAAUCUGGCAAGAUUUAUCUGCAAAUGACUUGAUUCCUGGAGCAAUCUAUCAAAUCUACUUUGACUGCUUUAACUGCUGCAAAGAGGCCACCACAAAGCCUCAAGUAGUCAGGAAUAUCUCUGUCACUGAAAUCACAACAUCCUCUAUAUCUGUGAUGUGGAAUGAACCAGAGGGGAGCAGCUCUUCCUAUAGAGUACAGUGGAGUGAUGGAAAUGUCCCUAAAAGUGACAAAGUGAAUCAAACACAAAUAAACAUCACUGACCUGACUGCUGGUGUCCAGUAUGAUAUCACUAUUACUGCAGUGGCAGGUGAUGGCAGUACUGAAGGAGAGAGUACCACUGUUUCUCAGUACACCAAGCCUGAAGUAGUCAGGAAUCUCUCUGUCACUGAAAUCACAACAUCCUCUAUUUCUGUGAUGUGGAAUGAACCAGAGGGGAGCAGCUCUUUCUAUAGAGUACAUUGGAUUGAUGGAAAUGUCCCUAAAAGUGACAAAGUGAAUCAAACACAAAUAAACAUCACUGACCUGACUGCUGGUGUCCAGUAUGAUAUCACUAUUACUGCAGUGGCAGGUGAUGGCAGUACUGAAGGAGAGAGUACCACUGUUUCUCGAUACACAAGGCCUCAAGUAGUCAGGAAUCUCUCUGUCACUGAAAUCACAACAUCCUCUAUAUCUGUGAUGUGGAAUAAACCAGAGGGGAACAGCUGUUCCUAUAGAGUACAGUGGAGUGAUGGAAAUGUCCCUAAAAGUGACAAAGUGACUGAAACAAAUAUAACCAUUACUGACCUGACUGCUGGUGUCCAGUAUGGUAUAAAUGUUACUGCAGUGGCAGGUGAUGGCAGUACUGAAGGAGAGAGUACCACUGUUUCUCGAUACACAAAGCCUGAAGUAGUCAGGAAUCUCUCUGUCACUGAAAUCACAACAUCCUCUAUAUCUGUGAUGUGGAAUAAACCAGAGGGGAACAGCUCUUCCUUUAGAGUGCAGUGGAGUGAUGGAAAUGUCCCUAAAAGUGACAAAGUGAAUCAAACACAAAUAAACAUUACUAACCUGACUGCUGGUGUCCACUAUGAUAUCACUAUUACUGCAGUGGCAGGUGAUGGCAGUACUGAAGGAGAGAGUACCACUGUUUCUCAGUACACCAAGCCUGAAGUAGUCAGGAAUCUCUCUGUCACUGAAAUCACAACAUCCUCUAUAUCUGUGAUGUGGAAUGAACCAGAGGGGAGCAGCUCUUCCUAUAGAGUACAUUGGAGUGAUGGAAAUGUCCCUAAAAGUGACAAAGUGAAUCAAACACAAAUAAACAUCACUGACCUGACUGCUGGUGUCCAGUAUGAUAUAAAUGUCACUGCAGUGGCAGGUGAUGGCAGUACUGAAGGAGAGAGUACCACUGUUUCUCGAUACACAAAGCCUGAAGUCGUCAGGAAUCUCUCUGUCACUGAGAUCACAACAUCCUCUAUAUCUGUGAUGUGGAAUACACCAGAGGGGAACAGCUCUUCCUAUAGAGUGCAGUGGAUUGAUGGAAAUGUCACUAAAAGUGACAAAGUGACUGAAACAAAUAUAACCAUUACUGACCUGACUGCUGGUGUCCAGUAUGGUAUAAAUGUUACUGCAGUGGCAGGUGAUGGCAGUACUGAAGGAGAGAGUACCACUGUUUCUCGAUACACCAAGCCUGAAGUAGUCAGGAAUCUCUCUGUCACUGAAAUCACAACAUCCUCUAUAUCUGUGAUGUGGAAUGAACCAGAGGGGAGCAGCUCUUUCUAUAGAGUACAGUGGAGUGAUGGAAAUGUCACUAAAAGUGACAAAGUGAAUCAAACACAAAUAAACAUCACUGACCUGACUGCUGGUGUCCACUAUGAUAUCAAUGUUACUGCAGUGGCAGGUGAUGGCAGUACUGAAGGAGAGAGUACCACUGUUUCUCGAUACACAAAGCCUGAAGUAGUCAGGAAUCUCUCUGUCACUGAAAUCACAACAUCCUCUAUAUCUGUGAUGUGGAAUAAACCAGAGGGGAACAGCUCUUCCUAUAGAGUGCAGUGGAGUGAUGGAAAUGUCACUAAAAGUGACAAAGUGACUGAAACAAAUAUAACCAUUACUGACCUGACUGCUGGUGUCCAGUAUGGUAUAAAUGUUACUGCAGUGGCAGGUGAUGGCAGUACUGAAGGAGAGAGUACCACUGUUUCUCGAUACACCAAGCCUGAAGUAGUCAGGAAUCUCUCUGUCACUGAAAUCACAACAUCCUCUAUAUCUGUGAUGUGGAAUAAACCAGAGGGGAACAGCUCUUCCUUUAGAGUGCAGUGGAGUGAUGGAAAUGUCCCUAAAAGUGACAAAGUGAAUCAAACACAAAUAAACAUUUCUAACCUGACUGCUGGUGUCCACUAUGAUAUCACUAUUACUGCAGUGGCAGGUGAUGGCAGUACUGAAGGAGAGAGUACCACUGUUUCUCAGUACACCAAGCCUGAAGUAGUCAGGAAUCUCUCUGUCACUGAAAUCACAACAUCCUCUAUUUCUGUGAUGUGGAAUGAACCAGAGGGGAGCAGCUCUUCCUAUAGAGCACAGUGGAGUGAUGGAAAUAUCCCUAAAAGUGACAAAGUGAAUCAAACACAAAUAACCAUUACUGACCUGACUGCUGGUGUCCACUAUGAUAUCAAUGUUACUGCAGUGGCAGGUGAUGGCAGUACUGAAGGAGAGAGUACCACUGUUUCUCGAUACACAAGGCCUCAAGUAGUCAGGAAUCUCUCUGUCACUGAAAUCACAACAUCCUCUAUAUCUGUGAUGUGGAAUAAACCAGAGUGGAACAGCUCUUCCUUUAGAGUACAGUGGAGUGAUAGAAAUGUCCCUAAAAGUGACAAAGUGAAUCAAACACAAAUAAACAUUUCUAACCUGACUGCUGGUGUCCAGUAUGAUAUCACUAUUACUGCAGUGGCAGGUGAUGGCAGUACUGAAGGAGAGAGUACCACUGUUUCUCAGUACACCAAGCCUGAAGUCGUCAGGAAUCUCUCUGUCACUGAGAUCACAACAUCCUCUAUAUCUGUGAUGUGGAAUACACCAGAGGGGAACAGCUCUUCCUAUAGAGUGCAGUGGAUUGAUGGAAAUGUCACUAAAAGUGACAAAGUGACUGAAACAAAUAUAACCAUUACUGACCUGACUGCUGGUGUCCAGUAUGGUAUAAAUGUUACUGCAGUGGCAGGUGAUGGCAGUACUGAAGGACAGAGUACCACUGUUUCUCGAUACACCAAGCCUGAAGUAGUCAGGAAUCUCUCUGUCACUGAAAUCACAAUAUCCUCUAUAUCUGUGAUGUGGAAUGAACCAGAGGGGAGCAGCUCUUUCUAUAGAGUACAGUGGAGUGAUGGAAAUGUCACUAAAAGGGACAAAGUGAAUCAAACACAAAUAAACAUCACUGACCUGACUGCUGGUGUCCACUAUGAUAUCAAUGUUACUGCAGUGGCAGGUGAUGGCAGUACUGAAGGAGAGAGUACCACUGUUUCUCGAUACACAAAGCCUGAAGUAGUCAGGAAUCUCUCUGUCACUGAAAUCACAACAUCCUCUAUAUCUGUGAUGUGGAAUAAACCAGAGGGGAACAGCUCUUCCUUUAGAGUGCAGUGGAGUGAUGGAAAUGUCCCUAAAAGUGACAAAGUGAAUCAAACACAAAUAAACAUUUCUAACCUGACUGCUGGUGUCCACUAUGAUAUCACUAUUACUGCAGUGGCAGGUGAUGGCAGUACUGAAGGAGAGAGUACCACUGUUUCUCAGUACACCAAGCCUGAAGUAGUCAGGAAUCUCUCUGUCACUGAAAUCACAACAUCCUCUAUAUCUGUGAUGUGGAAUGAACCAGAGGGGAGCAGCUCUUUCUAUAGAGUACAGUGGAGUGAUGGAAAUAUCCCUAAAAGUGACAAAGUGAAUCAAACACAAAUAACCAUUACUGACCUGACUGCUGGUGUCCACUAUGAUAUCAAUGUUACUGCAGUGGCAGGUGAUGGCAGUACUGAAGGAGAGAGUACCACUGUUUCUCGAUACACAAAGCCUGAAGUAGUCAGGAAUCUCUCUGUCACUGAAAUCACAACAUCCUCUAUAUCUGUGAUGUGGAAUGAACCAGAGGGGAACAGCUCUUUCUAUAGAGUACAGUGGAUUGAUGGAAAUGUAAAUAAAAGUGAAAACGUGACUGAAACAAAUAUAACCAUUUCUAAGCUGACUGCUGGUGUCCACUAUGAUAUCACUAUUACUGCAGUGGCAGGUGAUGGCAGUACUGAAGGACAGAGUACCACUGUUUCUCGAUAUACCAAACCUGCUGGUGUAGAAAAUCUCUCCAUCAUUGCAGUCACAAAUUCAUCUGUGUCUCUGAUCUGGAAACAACCCAAGGGCAAUGUGUCCUCAUACUCAGUUCAGUGGAAUGCAAUAGGAAAAACCCUAACCCUUAAUAAUACCACUAUUGAAACCAACUUUACUAUCAACAAUUUAAUCCCUGGAGUCCAAUACAACAUUCUAGUGGCUGCUGUUGCUGGAAAAUCCUCAAACAAAGGAGCCGGAACCUCAAUAAGUACCUUCACAAGUCCUGAAAAGCCUGAGAACAUCAAGAUUACUGCUCGAGGAACCAGUGACCUGACCAUCGAGUGGACUUUAUCUUUAGGGAGUGCUGAUCACUAUGUAGUGAACAUCUCAAAUAAAAUAUAUUCUAAUAGCACCACAACAGCGGGCAAACAAGCAAACUUUACUGAUUUAUUCCCUGGGAGACUGUAUGAUAUCACAGUGACCGCUGUAGCUGGAAACUUCAGCGAGACGUCUGAGCAGUCUUCAUUUGCCACUAAGCCCACACCUCCUGGAUCCAUCAUCAUCAGUCAGAGGACAAACUGCUCGCUCUUUUUGAGGUGGGAUACUCCUGUUUUGAUGGAUGGAGCUCCAAGCAUCAGCUAUAACAUAUCCUAUCAGCAUGUUGGUGGAGAGGCACUGAAUAAAAUCUCCUCAGACACCCACACCGAGCUGACCUCACUUCUCUCUGGAAAGUCCUACAAUAUAACUGUACAAACAGUUGGACCCCAGAGUUUAAAGAGCACGGCUGUCCAAAAUGCUUCUUUAACCUUGCCCAACCCUGUGUUGAACCUUGAAGCGAGCCCUAAAUCCACCACCUCAGUAAAAGUGUCAUGGUCACAACCACAGGAAGCCUGGUCGUAUUAUGAAUACUUGGUUCAAGCCUACAAGACUACAGGAGAACUGGUGUUCAACAUAACAGUCAGCCAUAACAGCGCAGAUGUAACAUCUCUGGAGCCAGGGAAUAGAUACAAUAUCAAUGUCACGACUAUAGCAGCAGCAGGGAGUGAAUCCACGAUGGAACAGACAUUCAGUUACACCAUGCCGAAAGCAGUGUCGCAGCUCAUAGUGGAGUAUGUGAACACAACGGCCAUCCGGCUGACAUGGCUCGGACAAAGCGAUCACAAGCCUUCCUACUCCUACCUGGUGAUAGCGCUGCAGAACACCAGGAUGGUGCAGAAUUCUUCAAUCUACAAUGAGUCGUUCACAUUCUGCAAUCUGACACCUGGAGAAUUGUACACUUUUUAUGUCUUUACGGUGGUAGAAGGGGUCAAGUCCACAGUGGAAAGCAUAUCAAAUUACACAAGACCAUAUUCUGUCACCAACCUGAGAGAGACAGAAAUCACCACAGACUCAGUGACCCUGGAGUGGGAACAGCCAAAAGACAAAAACUACUCAUAUGUGGUUCAGACCAGCAUGAGCUCCUUCAAUUCUGCUGAAACAGUCAGAAACAAACACAACCAAACAAUCCAUGGACUUCUCUCUGGGAGCAACUACAGCUUCACUGUAACCACACAGACAGCAGAUGGCACUGAGGCAGCUCCUAUGGCAGUGUCCUACUUUACGCGUCCCUACAGCAUUGAGCAGUUGAAAGCUGACACCUUAAACUCAACUGCUGUACAUCUGGUUUGGACUAAGCCACCAGAGUAUAAGUCUGAAUUCAGGUAUCGGGUCGAGUAUGCAGAAUUUGACUAUGAAUCCAAAAACAAAUCCUCCGAACAAGAGGACACAGAGAUCUCGGGGCUCAUUGCUGGGACCAACUACACCUUCUGUGUUUUUGUCAUGGCAGCAAAUGGCAUAGAAGGGGAAGCCAGAUGCACCUCUCAGUACACUAAGCCUGAGGCAGUGCAACCCAGUAUCUCCAGCCAGGAAUCCAAUAACUCAGUCCUGGUGUCAUGGACCAAACCUCCUGGGAAAGUGGAGAAUUAUACAGUUUUCUUCAAAAACAUUUUCACAACUGAGGUGACAGAGGAAGUGCUAGACUUCAGCCACACCUCUUUCCUCUUUGCCAACUUGUCUGCUGGUAUGCUAUAUCGUGCCAAGGUAACCACAUUUUGUGGACCCUUCAAUGCAUCAUCUGGAUUCGUUACUAAUGCAACUUACCCUAAUACUCCCGGGGGGAUUUACCUACUGGACAAGAACACCAGCUCCAUUUUCAUCAGGUGGGAGGAAGCCCCUCUGAUGACCAAUGCAUCUUUCCAGUACAAGUUGAUUAUUGUACCCCAUGCAAGAGAAAUGUACAAUACCAGCAACAUUCAUCAUACCUUUGACUCCCUGCUUUCUGGGACUUCCUACAACAUCUCCGUAGCUACAGUGGGUGUGAUGGGUUUUGAGAGUGCAGAGUUUCAGCUGAACAUGGUCACUACAAGACCAUUUAGCGUGAAGUCACUUAAGGCUAAUCCAGAAGAGGAGAGAAUCAGCGUGAUGUGGACUGUACCUGACAAAGACAAGACAAGCUAUCGUUACAUUGUGACUUUGCAGAGCUCAGAUGGGUUCUUUAAUGAUGCAAUAGUUACAACAAAUGAGAGUUAUUUUGAUACCCUGGAUCCUGGCAAACAGUAUAACAUUAGUGUCACCACAGAGACUUCUGAUGGAACCAAAGGUGCUCCAGAAUGGAUUUCCAAGUGCACAAAUGCAAGCCCGGUGAAAGAUUUGAAGUGUGAAGGUCCGAACACAACAAAGGCAGAACUCAUCCUGAAGUGGGAAAAACCCAAUGGCCAAUACUCUGGCUUCAAAGUCAAGUAUAAUGGCAAUAUCACCUCGACUAAAAACUGUUGUGGACAUACUGUGACCAACCUUACUCAUUAUACUGAAUACAAUCUGACAAUGGAGACUCAGAGCUGUGGACUACCCAGCACUCCUCAGAAUACUCAAUGCUGGACAGGCAUCACAAAUCCAUCUAUUCCAGCUAACUUUAAGUCACUGGUGAAUGUGGGUUCCACGUUAUUCAGCAAGUUCACCCUUCAGAUUUACGACAGCCUGCUGGACAACACCAAUGGGCCAAUCACACAUGUUGGGGUGCUGGUGACAAAUGACCUCAAAAGUGACACAGCUAAUUGGACCCAGUACUUGGGAAAAACUUAUAGUCAGUGGAAAACAAAGCAUACAUCUGUGUACCUGGCAACGGUCACAGAAAUCCCCUUCCAAAAACGCAGUGGAGAAAGCCAUUUCAACAUAGCGGUGGGAGAUGAAUCCCAUUGGAAAGGCUACACUAAUGGUGCUUUGGAUGCUAAUGGAAAAUACCAAUAUGCCAUUGUGUUGUUCACCGGUCUGGUCAUGGAAAAAAACCUUGUCCUAAACAGUGCAUCACUGAUGACAAUAGCGCAUCCCUAUCCUGUUGUUAUACUUCCACAGAACCCAGCAAUCAUUGGCAUUGCUGUCGGAGUAACAUUGGGAAUUUUUUGCGUUCUCUUCAUCAUCCUAAUCGGCUUCAUAGUCUAUUGGAAAAGGGUUUCCAACAAAGAAUCAUCAGACAUCCAGAUUUUUUCCAUGAGAGCCAAAGUGAGUUUGGCUGUGAGGGUGGAGGACUUUGAGGCUUACUACAAGAAGCAGAAGGCCGACUCCAACUGCGGCUUUGCUGAAGAAUUUGAGGACCUGAAGAUGGUUGGUACAGCUCAGUUGAAAACUAAUGCUGAGAGAUUGGAGAACAAGCCCAAGAACCGCUACGCUAACGUGCUUCCCUAUGACUCCUCUAGGGUGAAACUCUCUAUCAUCCAUGGGAGUCCAUAUGAUGACUACAUCAAUGCUAACUACAUGCCGGGUUACAACUCUAGGAAGGAGUUUAUCGCAGCUCAGGGUCCUUUGCCCGGCACAGUCAACGAUUUCUGGAGGAUGAUCUGGGAGAAGAACGUACGGAGUCUGGUCAUGCUGACACGCUGUAAUGAACAGGGACGAGUAAAAUGCGAGCAAUAUUGGGUUCAGGGCACAAAGCACUUUGAAAACAUCACUGUGACAACAACCUCUGAAAUAGCACUUGAAGACUGGACCAUCAGGGACUUUGACAUUAAAAAUGUAAAAACAGCAGAGACCCGUUCAGUGCGUCACUUCCACUUCACAGCCUGGCCAGAUCACGGUGUACCGCAAACCACUGAGCUCCUCAUCAGCUUCAGACACUUGGUCAGAGAACACAUGGACCAAUUCUCCAGGCACUCUCCCACUGUGGUUCACUGCAGUGCUGGUGUCGGAAGAACUGGCACCUUCAUAGCCAUCGACCAUUUGAUGUUCCAGAUUGAAAGGGAAAAUAUUGUGGACGUUUUCGGCAUCGUCUAUGAUCUCCGCAUGCACCGACCCCUUAUGGUGCAGACAGAGGACCAGUAUGUGUUCUUAAACCAGUGUGCCAUCGACAUCAUCAGAUCAAGAACUGGAACCAAUGUGGAUCUAAUCUACCAAAACGCUGCUGCACUCUCUAUUUAUGAGAAUAUAGAACCAAAAAAAAGGUUUCUCCAAAAGUGAGUACAGCAAUGCAUAAACCCAAGAAAACCACUCAGGUCCUCCUAUAUUCUCUCAAGCUUUAAAAAAUCUGCAGACAAAUUGUGGUGCAUUUCUAUUUGUAUUCUUGCCAGGCUUUUGAUAAGUAUCUUGUGUCUUUUUAGAUUCAACCCUCUAUUUUGUGGUAUUUAUUUGUUGCAAAUGUUGAAUGAUUGAUAAUAGAGGGAGCUGCAUAUGGAGAUACAAUAGGGGACAUCAUCACUGACCAAAAUGAAAUUGGAUUAUAUGUCAAUUGGAUUGUCUCUGAUAAAGGCAGAUUUUUGUAUUGCUCAGUCUUUCUUUACAUUUCUGCUUGUUUACUACUGUAUAUGACUAACUGAUUAUACAAUUUUCUUCUCAGGUAAUAUAUUGUAUGCUGUAUAGUUAUUAUUACAGUUUUUGCCAGGAACACUUGUAUUAUUGGAACUUUGUAUUGCCUUGUACGAAGAAUUGCUGGUUUAAAUAAUAUGUGCCUUUUCAAAGCCUGUAUGCUUUGGUGCCAGUAGGUGGCACUCCAUUGUAUUGUGUUAAACUGAAAGAGACAAACAGGAACUGAUACGAUAUUACUUUGUUAAAGGGACCUUUAGGUUAAGAUAAACAAUAUAUCAUAUUUUAUAGAAGUAUCAGGUUAUCCAGCAAAUAAUUUUAGCUUGCCUUAUUCCAAUUCAAACUGUGCAAUGCCUUUUAAUGAAGGAAUGUUGUAUGUUCAAUGUAAAGACUUUUCUUUGUCUAUGCACUGUAGUUAGUAAUGCACUGGAUGCAUUAGUCUUUUGUACACUGUCGCAUUUACAAAUUAUAAAGAUGUAUUUAUCCGUUAUCAGUCUCAUUGAUAACAUUUUGGCCAGUUGUUUGUGAAACAUUCAUUCGCCCCACAUUUGAUUGUUGCAAUUUGACUUUGAUUUUUGUUUUCUUCAUCUGAUCAGAAUAGGUUUGCAUUAAAAAAGCGCUCAGGAGAAUUUUGCUGGGGUGGUAUGGUGUGAGAAAAUCUAUACUGCCACAGUUUGUAGUUUAAAGAAUUUAGAAGUCAUCGUACUGAUUUUGUUUUGUUAAUGACAUUGUUCUCUGUACAUUCCUCAAAGAAACAACCAUGUUAUGUCACUUCCUGCUGUAUAUCCGGUCUGUUUACAGCCAUUUCCUGUGAUUUAAAAAUCACCAUAGGAGUUUUGUGUUUAGCUUUUAAAGGGCAGCAUUUGCUAUUAGGCAGGUACAUUGGUGUGUGGGGUCAGCUUUAUGAUUUUUUUAUUUUUAAAAUGUUUCAUUUGUAUUGUAUUAUAAUGUACUUAAUGUUUAAAAGCACUUAAUGAAAAAAGAAUAGCAAAUAGUUUCAUAAUUGUAGCAAUGUUUUUGGAAUGCUUUAUAAAAUGCUUGCUGGUACAAUGCAAAUAAAUGUAAAAAAAGCAAUGAUUUAAUAUUUGUAAACAUGUCAAUAAAAAAUGAACCAAAA